AUGAACUUACUGCUACUACUCAUCCUCUCACUGACGACAGGUUGUGCUGCCUAUGGUGAUGAUGAUGUUUUGAUGGCAUGCAAACAAGGAUGGGUUCAAUUCAUCUGCAAAUAUCCUGGAGCAAAUAAAAAAUAUGACCACGUCAAUGUAGUUAUUCCCAAUGGAACACGCUUACAAAGCUCUCUGAAGGAUGUUUGGGAAGAUAAAGGCAGAUUUUCUCUGUACCAUGAUACAAAACAUAAAACUCUCGUGGUGGGCAUCAGAGAUCUUAAACAAGCAGACUUUGGGACGUACAGAUGUGAAUUUGAUCAAGGCUCAAACAGAUCUCCUGUCAUAAAGAAAUUGGAUUGUGAAAACUGCCAGCAGCCAUUUACUCAAACUGUGACCAGAGCAGCUAACAUCAAGUGUGAUCCAAAUGAUGAUUUCAAGUCCUGGGUCAAGUUUUUCUGCAGAGGGGAGAAUUUCACCUGUAAGGAUAUUUUGUCAACAAAAGGUCAGAGGUUAAACGGGAAAUUCAGACUCACAAACACCAACAGAGGCUUCGACGUGUCCAUCAGUGGUGUUUCCUCACAGGACGCUGGUGUCUACUGGUGUGGAGUGGAAUCAAAUUAUGGAAGCUACAGAGUUUCAGUCAGACGAAUAAAACUGGAGGUUGAAGGCAUCCCUGCAUUUAGGAAGGCAUAUACCCACACUCUAGAUGAAGACUGCCCCACUUAG